CACCUCUUCUUUUUCGCUAAUGAUGACUUUAUGAUCCCCAAAAUGGAACUGUUUAUUUCUGGCGGUUUGAAGUAGCCUUAACUUUAACUUCACAAAAUGCAAACGAUUGGGUCGAUAAAAACACGAAUCCAAAUUUCGUACAGAUUGUCGAGAUUUAUCGAACUUAGCUUCGGGGAUCAUGUACAAUGCUUUGAAGCCACGGUCACGAGUUCCUUCGCCUCUACCCUGCCGCUUCGUCACAUGGUCCAUCCCCUACCUAACGCUCCCCAUUGCCCAAGUCUUUGGAUUACAUUCCUGCCUUUAUUUCAGAGUCGGGGCUCUCAUGGUGGUGUCAUCUUAAACCAAUACAUACCGGAAGGAGGGAACAAGAGGCCACAUUUUGAGAAAUCUUUUUUCUUUUGUAUAACGAUUGAUGAUGAAGUUCUUGUAAAUUCGAUGGAGUGACUGUGGUUGUCUUUCCUUCAUGUUGUUGCAAGAACCACCGAUUGCAUCAUUACAGAAUAAUCACCAAGGUCUUCCACGUUAGUCGAUGAUGCCAAGUGUCUAACAACCGGUGUUUCUGUCUCUAAGCAACCGCAAAGUGAUGCGUAUACUGUCGAAGGUUGCGAGUGCAAAGUCGUUUUAUUUGGCGACUAGACCCGCCAGAAGCUGUCUUGGUAACCUUAAUGGCAUAGUUUUCUCAGUAACAUGGAGUUGGUUGCCCGUCUAUUUGCUGUAAUGUGCUCGAUGCAUUGCACUGGUAUCGUGAUGGCUCAAUUUUCUGAUCUUAGCGGAGAUCUCACGGAUCUUGGUGAUAUCUUGGAAGGUCUAAAUUUGGGUGACCUCGAUAUCUUCGGCACAGCUGGGGAGGGGCCGAAUGAAGUCAAGCGGGAGAAAGCUGACCCUCUGACGUGCUACGAGUGUAGUGAGUUCAGUGAACCCAUCAAAAACAGUCGCGAGUUGGCCUGGUCUUGCGCCAUUCCUUCCAAGACCACACUCAAUGGGUCUGUCUGUAUGGCGCCACCCUCGGGUUAUGUUAAUCGUUGCGGCUGGAUAGAGGCCACGGUUUCUUCUCCAAAUCCCGACAAUCAAGAGGAAACUUUGGAAUUGUACUGGAUCUUCAGGUCUUGUGUACUAGUUCCUGAAUCUUUGGGGAUUGGCGACGAUUGUUUCUCUGGAGACCUGGAGGACACGCAGAAUAAUCUGGGUCUUUCAAUCGAAAAGAUUGUGGGUGUCAGUGGUACCAUUAGCGGCGAAGGUUGCUUCUGCAGCAAAGACUACUGUAAUGGGGUCUCUACCGUUAGAUUCCAGACUGUUGGCGCCAUAUUGGGUGUGGCAACGAUAGUGCAAAGCGUUAUUUAUUAGUGGCAAUAAAUGCACAGUAUAGUGUUAAUUCAAACCUGAUACAUCGGUUUUUGAGUGAAAGGUAGUCAAAAAAUCACGGUAAUGUGUUCUGAAAACUGCACUUUAUACAGUCUUUGUUUUCUAUUAUUAAAAAGCCAUGUUUUGUCAUAAACGUUAGAGGUAUAUUAAUUAAUGCAAGUAAGUUGUGAAAUGCAUAAUUGACUUCGCUUUGGCGUUCACGGACAAUGCAGAGAUACAGAUGCCGGGUAAUUUUGCCUGAUAACAAUAUUUGCUUGGCGCCUAAAAUUCACCUCAGAUCUCAGAUUCAGCUUGUAACGAGGAUAUUUUUUGCUCUUUUGUGUAACUAAGCCAUGUUUAUGUGCCAACCUAGGAUACGUUCUCCUGAACUCGCAGUUCAUUAUCUGGUUAUAUAUCGGGCAUCAUGUGCCUUUUCUUGAAGAAACUUGUCUGACACCAUACUUUUCUCAUUGUAUAAUCAUGACGUUUGUGUAACCAUUAAUUCUGCAAGUUACAAGAAUGCUUCCUAACAUGUACAAGAGACGGACAAAUUAUACCAAUGAUGGACAACACCAACCUUGUAAUUCUAAACCAUUAUAUCAGCAGUGAUACUCACUAAUCUUUCUGUAACUACCCCCCUCUUGUGAGCAGCAUCUAAAAAGGUCAUGCUAUGCCCACAUCAUUUUCAACAUGUAUGCUGAUAUUUUGUACUGACGACCAUUGCGGAUGACUACGCAAAAUAUAGCCCGUGUACCCCCUCCCAUCUGCUCUGAUUCUGUUUUCCCCUCCAUCUAUGGUUUGACCUGUGUCGAAGUCCAGAAGGCUGUACAAGGUCAGGACCCCUUCAAAUAAAUAUUGUAAUUGCGUAGCACUAUUAUUAACAAGUGCAUGUAUCGAUCGCAGUUGGUUGUUUGGCCUGCAAACGGUUGUCCUGUUGAUGAGGAUAGAAAACUGCCUCCUUUAUGAUAACAGGCGUGUGGAACAGGUCUUUGAUUCAUGCGGGCUCUUGAUGAAAAGACAGAUUACUUGAAGCGAUGGAGUACUACUAUAGCACAACUUAUCAGCAAAGAUUUGAGCUUUAAUUCGGACGAUACGUCAGCUCGCUCUAUGCUACAUGUAUAUACAUUUACUCGAGAAUUCCUUGCAGGGAUCAAAAUUUGUCAAUGCAGAUUCUACAUGGUCAAAUGCUUUACCGUCAGGACUUUAAUGAACUUCGGCUUGUAGCUGUAUAUCAUCAUAAACAAUUGCUAAAUACUUCGAGUGAAAUCACCUUAACAAAAUCAGAACAGGAAGGAAGACCAUAAACGAACCUUACAUUCAAAGCUCCAUCUCUUUUUGUAAAUUGUAAUCAAACGCCUCCGCACCAUACAACCCCAUGGCCUGAAUAUCCAAGAGGAAACUGCUAUCCUUUCUUCUCCUAGCUUUUGUGUGGAAUUACAUGCACACCCCCUUUUGGGGUCCAGUUCAUUCCAUUGUAUGUUUUCUUUGAUCUUUUCCUUCCUUAGAUCCCUUUGUUGCUCAAGCAUGCCUUUCAAGCAGUCCGCUACCCCUUGCCUCUUCAUCCAACUCACUGCAGCCUACUUGACCUUUUCUUUUGUUCGCCUGCAUUCGUCCAUGCUUGGUUGAUUCCCCUUUUGCUUGUUUGCCCCUUGUCAUUUUGCCUUUAAGACAGAUUCUGCGAGAUCGAAACAUGAGGGCCUCCAUAUUUUGUGUUUUUGGUAAUCUUGUUCGAAAUCAAUUUCAUCGAGCUUGCGAUUCGCAUUCUGUGUCAGGACUUUAGAAAGAUCUUUGUUUAUAUGCACAGACAAGAUUGAACAUAAUGUAGUGGGGUACCGGCCACAGUUUUGUGUAUAGAGCUUAUUGUACAUUCGUAAAAAUGAAGACACGGUUUUAACAAUGGUGUCAUUACUUGCGCGGUCUUGUACUGAUCGCAAAGCCUUGAAAAUAUGCCUUAUAAAUAUUUAAGUAUCCUUACCAUUAUGUUGAUUUUUAUAUUUAGUGCUGUUUGCGACAUAAUCAAUUAUUGCUUUGUAUUUUGAUUUACUGUUGAACUUGUUUUAGAUAAUAUAGGACCACAAGGUACAAGUUAAACAAAAUUUCAAACUCCUUGAAAGAAAUAUUCAGGAGAGUUCGUCUACUAUUUAAUGCUGUGUAACACCAUUUCAAUUUCCCUUGCUGCGACCUUGCAAAUUUGGUAUCCACUUUUAAGGUUUUUUUUUUUCAUUUACGUAUAUAGCAACAAUUGAAUAAUAGGGAAUAUACAGGGGAUUGAAGAGAGAUAAGCCUCACUUAGCCUUGAUCAAGGCGUUUGCCAUCAGUCGCAAUGAACUACAUAGCGGUCCACAGCCUUCUACAAUAUUCGUUGAAUAACCGUACUAUUGCUCUCAUGCCAGGGGAAAAUUGUUGUUUCGAUUGAAUAUUCUUUAUUUUCGUUUAUAGGGAUUUUAUUACUUGAUGACAGUCUUUUAUGACUUGAAUUCAAUUGCUUCUACGUAUCAUUUAAAUCUCAUUUUUUAUUAUUUAUUUGAAUAUGUUUCUUUUUUUUCAUUACUGUAUUAUGUAAUACCCGACAUUAACUGACUACUUUUGU